AAAAAAGUUUUUUUUUCUUCUCGUCAAAAAGAAAGUAGGCAUUUGAACAAAGGAAUUUAAUUUUUUUUCUCCAAAAAAAAAAAAAAAGAACAAAGGCAAACACAAUGAAUGAAAUAUGGGGAUAAAAAAAACCACACACACACGCACACAACAUGGGUUGAUGAUUAUAAAAAAAAAAAAAAAGGCAAUCGUUUUGCCUUAUUAUUCCUUAUCGUUCCCUUUAUUUUCUUUGACGUUAAACUUAAGAAUGAUAGACAUUCUGUCAGAGAAUUCAAAACGACGCGAUGUCUGUUUCCCCCCUUCUUUUCUCCUUUGUCUGAGCAUAACUGGUUUUGGCAGGGAAUGUAAAAAAAAAAAAAAAAAG